GUGACAGCGCCUCAGAACGAGGAACUAAACAGCUCUUGGCAGCAGCACCGGAGACAUGUGUGGCAUCUUUGCGUAUCUGAAUUAUCACGUGCCUCGCACUCGUCGUGAGAUCCUUGAGGUCCUUAUCAAAGGUCUGCAUCGCCUGGAGUACCGUGGUUAUGACUCCGCUGGUGUGGGCAUUGAUGGAGGAAACGGUAAGGAAUGGGAAACCAACUGCAAGAACAUCCACCUGAUCAAGCAAACAGGAAAAGUCAAAGCGCUGGAUGAGGAAAUCCAUAGGCAGCAGGAUAUUGAUCUUGAUGUGGAGUUUGAUGUGCACCUGGGAAUCGCUCACACUCGAUGGGCCACUCAUGGCGUCCCCAGCCCGGUCAACAGCCACCCGCAAAGAUCUGACAAGACCAACGAGUUUAUUGUCAUCCAUAAUGGAAUCAUCACCAACUACAAAGACCUGAAGAAGUUUCUGGAGAGUAAAGGCUAUGAUUUUGAGUCUGAGACAGACACAGAGACCAUCGCUAAGCUGGUGAAGUACAUGUAUGAUAACCGGGAGAGCGACGACAUCACCUUCGCCACCCUCGUGGAGCAAGUCACCCGGCAACUAGAAGGAGCUUUUGCCCUGGUCUUCAAAAGUGUGCACUAUCCAGGAGAGGCAGUGGGCUGCAGGAGAGGAGGUCCGUUACUGAUUGGCGUUAGAAGUGACCACAAGCUUUCCACAGAUCACAUCCCCAUCCUGUAUCGCUCCUCUGGUAAAGAUAAAAAGAGCUGCAGUACUCUGCCCAGGAUGGAUGAGGACACGUGUCUGUUUCCGGUGGAUGAGAAAGCCGUGGAGUACUACUUUGCAUCUGAUGCCAGUGCUGUCAUCGAGCACACCAAUCGGGUCAUCUUCCUCGAGGAUGAUGAUAUCGCAGCAGUGCGUGACGGGCGUCUCUCCAUCCAUCGGAUCAAGCGCACAGCAGGAGAUCACCCGGCCCGUGCCAUCCAGACCCUGCAGAUGGAGCUGCAGCAGAUCAUGAAGGGAAACUUCAGUUCCUUCAUGCAGAAGGAGAUCUUCGAGCAGCCAGAGUCUGUGGUCAACACUAUGCGAGGAAGAGUUAACUUUGAGAACAACACAGUGAUCUUGGGAGGGUUGAAAGACCACAUUAAAGAGAUCCAGAGAUGUCGGAGGCUCAUCAUGAUCGCCUGUGGGACCAGUUACCAUGCUGGAGUUGCAACUCGUCAGGUACUGGAAGAACUGACUGAACUUCCUGUCAUGGUGGAGCUGGCUAGUGAUUUCCUGGAUCGAAACACGCCUGUCUUCCGAGAUGAUGUGUGCUUUUUCAUCAGCCAGUCAGGAGAGACGGCAGACAGCCUGUUGGCUCUGCGCUACUGUAAGGAGAGAGGCGCCCUGACGGUGGGCAUCACCAACACUGUGGGCAGCUCCAUCUCCAGAGAAACAGACUGUGGUGUUCACAUCAAUGCUGGCCCAGAGAUUGGUGUGGCUAGCACCAAGGCAUACACAAGUCAGUUCGUGGCUCUCAUCAUGUUCGCCUUGCUGAUGUGCGACGACAGAAUCUCAGUACAGCCACGCAGACGAGAAAUCAUACAAGGCCUCAAAGUGCUGCCAGAUCUAAUCAAGGACGUGUUGAGCCUGGAUGAGGAGAUUCAGAAGUUGGCAGCUGAGCUGUAUCAGCAGAAGAGCGUUCUCAUCAUGGGCAGAGGAUACCACUACGCCACCUGCCUGGAGGGAGCUUUGAAAAUUAAGGAGAUCACGUACAUGCAUUCAGAGGGGAUUUUGGCUGGAGAGCUGAAGCACGGGCCGCUGGCUCUAGUGGACAAACUCAUGCCUGUCAUCAUGAUCAUCAUGAGAGACCACACAUACAUCAAGUGCCAGAACGCACUGCAGCAGGUUGUGGCGAGACAGGGCCGUCCGAUCGUGAUCUGUGAUAAGGGCGACUAUGAGACCAUCAAAAACUCCAGCCGCACCAUCAAAGUGCCUCACAGUGUGGACUGUCUGCAGGGAAUCCUCAGCGUCAUCCCGCUACAGCUGCUGUCCUUCCACCUCGCUGUGCUCCGCGGAUACGACGUUGAUUGCCCAAGAAACCUGGCCAAGUCUGUGACUGUUGAGUAAUCGCUUCCUGAUCGAUACAUGCGCACACACACACGUGUACAGCCUAUCAAAGACAUGAAGAUAAUUGAAGAGAGGGUUUUAUACAUGCCAGCUUUCUUGAACCUGAAGUGUACCUCCAUAUAUACUCGUUUCUCGUCUCGGAGCAUGAUUCUGGAACGUUCAUAUCAUUGCUGUUAACUGGAAUGUGUGUGUUUUUUUUUUUUUUUUUUUUUUGUGUUUUGUGGCGUAGUAUGGGGUGGCGGUAUAAGAGCUGCACUCGUAACUCUUUGUCACUUGAUGCGGCCUUUAACACAUUCAUCUUAUGGCUUUUUGUUUGUUUGCUCUGUUCGAAAUAUUAGUUUGACCCAGAAAGACUUCUAGAUGCUUCUCAUCGAAUACACAAGCAUUUGUGUAGCAAGGAUAAGUGACACAAGAGCCUCAUAACUCUCCUUUAGCUGUACUUAUGAACUGCCCCCCCGCCCCCUUUUUCUAGUGAUAUGUGGCACUAAAACAAAACUGUGAAUCAGUGUUUUGUGGUAGUUUGCACAAUAUUUUGUUUAUUCAGUUUGCUGCUAUUUAAGGGGAUGUACUUGUUACUGAUGAGCAUAUUUUUCCCGGGAUGUCUUUUAAUCAUCUGGAAUUUCAUAUCCAUGGGGAGUUCCAUAGUUAAGCUUCUGUGGCCUAUAUGAGCUUUGAUACAAUGACUCUUUUAUUCAAAUUGGUAGGCUAUUCAUUGAACUGAUGUUGAUGUUCACUAGAGUAGAGUCUUCUCAAUACAUUGCUUUGAGACUUUAAUACAUAAUCUGAACGGUUUAUAAAUUUGGUAGGGUAAUGGUUUACAAUAUAGUUCAAUACUUGUAUUUAAGAUGUUUAAAACAAGAAUAAACGUGUAAACAAUGGAUAAGUAGUAUAUUUAUCAGUUGAAAUUAACCUAGACUCAUAAAUGCAUUAAUUAAUGCAAAUAACUAAUGAUAAAUGAACUGUAAGAUUUUCAUUUUUAUUCUUGUUGCAAAGAACUGCAUGAAAACCUGCCAGAAAAUAAUGUAAAAUAUCAAGGUUACAGUCAGAUUAAAUGACUACAAUCCCCGGUCAUCUACAUGAAGGGUCAAACAUGAAGUGAAUGUGUUAUCUGAUCAUGUUUUUAGUGAAGUUUCUAUGUGCUUUUGCCAAAUUGGGUCAUAGAAUUGGUCACGUUUGGUUUGAUGUAGCACAAGGAGAUCUACUGGUAUGUUAAACUUCAACCAUUUCGAAACUAAAUGUUUACAUGAAGAGAACGGGAUGUUUGAAUAUUGCAUUUUGAAGGAUCACCUUUUGGGUUCAAAACAUCCUGAACCGGCUUUCUGUGGGAAGCAAAGUAGUGAUUGUAGUGCAGUACUGUAUGGGUAUCGUAUUUAUAAUAAUCAGUUUCUGAGAUUAAUCCGAAGGUACACUUGUGUACUUAAAAUAUAUGCAUGAACUUUUUGGCUUUUUUUUUUUUUUUCCUUUACUGUAGAAAAUUCAGAGGCCUUGUUACAGAGGAGUUUACUGUUUACAGUAGUGCUACCAAAUGAGUGUACGGUUACGUAGAGCCUGCCCCAUACAACGCCACCGACAGUUAUGAUUGUUUCCUUGGGACCAUUUUGUUGUGUUUUGUCUUUCUCUUACGUUUUAUUUUUAUUGGGUAUAGAAGGGUUAUAUUUUAUAUACUACAUUAUUUGCAAUUAAAAUGCUUAUGUACUUCCUUUGAUCCAAAUAUUGUGAUUUUUAAAUUUCUUUGUUUUGUUGUGCAUAAAAUCAACACGAAUAAAGAUUUCUAUCAUCUGAAUUUUUUUGUUCAAAGCACCAGAUGGGCAUGAUGAACCAAAAAUAUCUAUUAUUAAUUUAUUAUUAUUAUUAUUAUUAUUAAUGGCAUGUAACCAAAGGUUGAAGAAGGGUCAUAUGGGGCAAUAGCUCUGAAGGUACGAUUAUAGUCCUGUGCUUAUAUUUUUGUUAUAUUUGGGAAAUGAUUAAGUUAUGAAACUCAUGGAAAGGGUUUUAAUAUAUUUAUUUCACAGGCUAAUAUACUAGCUUUGCUCUUUGGUUGGUGGAGCACUGAACUGCUUUGCUUUUAGAUUUUACAAUAGCAUCUUAAAUAAGUGUAGCUUUCUGUCAUCUUGAAGGUUAUUGUGGUAGGUAGUGUGUUUUUUUUUUUUUUUCAGAUCUGUUCUGCCAUCUACAUCCAACUGUUUGGCGGCACAUCUAGCAAAAGGAUGUCCGGCAUUAAGGCCUUAAUCACUGUUUAAGGUUAAAGCAUCCCGUAAUGUGUUUUGGAUGUGUGUUAGGAUUUACAGUUAUGAUGAAGAGUUAAUAAAACAUUCAGUCUUUCUCA